AUGGGCUCGUGUGCCUCGCGCUUGCCGGCGUCGGCGGCGGCGGCCGGGUCCGGGCGGGCAGUGGCCACCAAGACGGCGAAGGUGAUUCGUCUGGACGGCUCCAUGGCGCAGUACGCGGCGCCGGUCACGGCACGCGAGGCACUGGUUGACGCCGCCGGCGCGUCGAGCUUCCUAUGCAGCUCGGACGAGCUCCGCUUCGAUGCGCCCGCCCGCGCGCUGGCCGCGGACGAGGCGCUCCAGCCCGGGUGGCUCUACUUCGUGCUGCCCCUGUCUAUGCUCCGUCGGCCGCUCUCGGGGCAGGAGAUGACCGCCCUCGCCGUCAGGGCCAGCUCGGCGCUGGCCGUCGCGAGCGGCAUCUCGUCCCCCACGCGCGGCAAGAACGGAGCCGCGGUGGCUGGCGCCAACGCCAAGCGACGGAAGGUGGCGGCUCGAGUGGCACCUCUCGCUGACGAUGACGAUGUCGCGGAGCGGGACGGUGGAUGGGACCAGCACCUUGCGUACGACAAAUACGGUGGCGUGCGCAAGAGGGUGCUCGCCGCCGGUGAUGAGACGGCUGGGAAGGCGAGGAAGGGGAAUGGUUACGGUGGGAGGCGCAGCAGCCGUCAUCGUCGUCGUCGUGCAGGCGCGCAUAGGUUGAGCGCGAUUUUGGAGGCCGAUGACUUCUGA